CUCUUGCCAAGGUCAUGACUUCUUCUCCUAGCGCCACAACAAAUGACUGCAUCGCAGAAAUGUCAAAGGAGGAGAGAAGAGUUCUCUUGUACUCAUGUACCACCUUUCCAAUUAUCAGACAUCCAAACCACAUCAUACGAGAAUCAAACUAGACCAGCCGGUUCGAGCCUCAAACCAACCAUACCAGACAAAAAUGAAGGAUUCUUGCCCAAAUGGAGUUCCGAUGAAGCGCAAGGCCUAGGGUUGAUUAUUCAUCAUAAAAUCACCCCUAAGAAGACUAAUGGUUCAGGAGAAAUCAGAAAUCAACGGACCAGAUUGAAGACUCUCCACGACGACCCAUCCGGACAUUACCAUGUUCAGUUCCACCGACCUUAUGAAGACGUUUCUCGACCAACAAUGAGUAUUCACUCGAAAAGUGACCAUUUCAUGAAGAUCUAUCGAGCCAGAAUUGAAGAAGAACGAUCCGAAAUCAUAAUCGUUCAUGAAGACCCGUUUCCACCAUACCACGAGCAAGGGUAUGGAACCGCCGGCCAAACCACACGUCCAUUCCAGUUGGGAUUUAAUAUCCAUCCCAAAUAUGGAUAUUUUAAAAGGAAUGAACGAGCAACAUCAGUCCCCCAUCGAGGUAUUUUGAGAGAUGGCCAUGAGAGCAUCCUCGGACACGUUCAUUGGCGAGCUAAGCCGCAGUUUGGAGAAUUAACUCGUCCAUUUGAUCUCGGCUUCAUUAUUCACCAUCAAAUCAACUAUUUGGAGCAUAUUGAUCGAGCCAAAAUACCCCUGGUUCGAAUUUGUUUAGUACUUGCGCAUUUGGCCUUACCCGAGGGCCAUGUGUUACCAAAAAUGGAACUUUCCUUAUUUGGUUUCUUCGAGGAUUAUGUUUGGCGACCUGGAGAACUUAUUUAUCAUCUAGAGACAGUCCAAGAUGCCACACCAUGCACCAGCAUCCAGAGGAUUAGGCGAAUCCUCUUGCACCUCUACUUUCCUAUUCUAGAAGCAUUCACACUUGGAGCUUUAAAUCUACAACGGCUCUUUCUCUAUCAAAGCUGCUGCAUUUUAAAGGCACUAAAACCAUUCCAGAGAGUCCCAAGAUGUUGCACCUAUCUUCCCAAGCUCUCAAGAUACAAGCUAGAAGACAUUCCUUAUUUGGCCGAUUUUCUCAUAAAGUCACAAACGGCUCUAUGCUUUAAAUUUUGCGAUUCUUUUCUUGUUUUAGCUUAUUAGGACCGUUGUUUAUGAGCCUAUAAAAUCUCAGCUUUGUUUUCAAUGUAAAACACCCUUGAUCAUUGAAAUUAAAAGAAAGCGUUUUCUUCUU